AUGGAACGGGAGCCCUGCACUCACCACGGACUGAUCCAGCCACCACUGGAGGGAAUGGAGGACGUCCUGAGGAACCGUGACAACUGUAUCCAACAGACGUCUGGCCGGACGGAGCUGAGGAAUGAGCCAGGACUGGAGGGGUCUGAGGCGGAGCCGAGCGUAUGCCGUGACGAACGUGCAGGCGGCCAUAUGGCCCAAGAGAGUCAGAUCUUCACUCGCCUGGGGAAGUGCUACACCUUCAACGCGGGGGCGCCGGGCAAUGAGCUUCUCACCACUGUCAAGGGUGGCUCCGGCAACGGGCUUGAGCUCAUGCUGAACAUCCAGCAGGAGGAGUACCUGCCCGUCUGGGGGGAGAGCGAUGAGAUCUCCUACGAAGCCGGGGUCAAGGUGCAGAUCCACAGCCAGGACGAGCCGCCCUACAUCCACCAGCUGGGCUUCGGGGUCUCCCCCGGCUUCCAGACCUUCGUGUCCUGCCAGCAGCAGAGGCUGGUCUACCUCCCACCCCCCUGGGGGGACUGCAAAUCCACCCCCAUUGAAUCCGACUUCUUCACCAGCUACAGCAUCACGGCCUGCCGCCUGGACUGCGAGACCCGCUACCUGGCCGAGAACUGCAACUGCCGCAUGGUGCACAUGCCCGGGAACGCCAACGUGUGCACGCCAGAGCAGUACAAGGAGUGCGCCGACCCUGCCCUGGACUUCCUGGUGAAGAAGGACAGCGAGUUCUGCGUGUGCCGCACGCCCUGUGACAUGGUGCGCUACGGCAAGGAGCUCUCCAUGGUCAAGAUCCCCAGCAAGGCGUCAGCCAAGUACCUGGCCAAGAAAUACAACAAGAGCGAGCAGUAAGCAUUCGUUAAGGACAAUGUGCUGGUGCUGGACGUUUUCUUUGAAGCCCUGAACUAUGAGACCAUCGAGCAGAAGAAAGCAUAUGAGGUGGCAGGGCUGCUGGGGGACAUCGGGGGCCAGAUGGGGCUGUUCAUCGGGGCCAGCAUCCUCACCAUCCUGGAGAUCUUCGACUACCUGUACGAGGUGUUUCGGGACAAACUCCUCAGCUUUUACAAGAACAAGAAGAGACCCCAGAGGAGUAACAGCGACAACCUGAGCACCUGUAACACACUGCGGAGCCAUUCGGACAGUCUCGGCUACACCUCGAACAUGCUACCUCGGCACCCAGCUCUCGGCAACUUCGAGGAAUUUGCCUGCUGACGGGGCGGCUGCGCCUUGCAGUGCCAGCCCACCAGCCUCUCACCUCCAACAAGAUCCAAGCUGCUCCGGCCAGGCAGCCACGGCUUGGCAAUGGAGAGGGCACGGGAAGGAGACAUCAGCAGUGGUGCAGUCCUGGGCUUGGACAUGCUGGGCUCAGUGGGGGCUGGGGCAAGCUGUGGCUCCGUGCACAGCCCCUACCCGGGGAACUCAAGCUCGGGUUUCCCUCCUGCCCCAUGAGGAGUGGGGGAUUGGGGUCCCCAGGGGU